GGACGUGCCGCCGCUGGGGAAGAGGCGGGCCCCGCGCGCCCUGCGCUCGCCAUGGCCGCCGAGGCGGCGACGUGAGCCGGCUGGGCGACCCCGGGCCGGGGCCGGGCCUCACCCAGAGCGCCGCCGAGCCUGCGGCGCCCGGAGCCCCGGGCCAUGCGGCCGCCGCCGCUCUUACUGCUGCCGCUGCUGUUGCUGCUCCGGGGCUGCGGCGCCGCGGCGCCCCCGGCAGACUCCCUUUCUCAGCUUCCUGCUCCUCGAAACCUGAAGGUUCACCUGUACAACGCCCAGCAGGCUCUGAGCUGGGAGCCCGUGUCCCUGAACAAUGACACGAGGCCGGUGGUCUACCAGGUGCAGUAUAAAUACAGCACCAGUAGUAACUGGUAUGACGUCAACAAAAAAGACAGCAGGGUGGAUUGUACGAGCCUCACCAGGACAGAGUGUAACUUCACCGCGAACAGCCUCUUGGAGGGUUUCCCUCGGCAUUUCAACAUCUCUUUGCGCGUUCGAGCUAAGCUGGCAGACCUCGUUUCUGACUGGGUAACGGCGCCUUGGUUCGAACACUACCGGAAUGCCACCAUCGGGCCACCAGAAGACAUCUGGGUGACCCCAGGCGAAGGCUCCCUUAUCAUCAAGUUUUCUUCUCCCUUUGAUGUCCCUGCCUCCGUGGCCUUUUUUUUGUAUUAUGUCUACUACUGGGAAAAGGCAGGAAUCAAACAGGUGACACACCCUUUCAGGAGCAACUUCAUCACGUUGAAUGAUUUAAAACCCCUGAGAGCAUACUGUUUUCAAGUCAAGGCAGAACUGGUUUUGACAAAAGAAAACAUCUCUAGACCCGGGCGUUUAAGCAACAUAUCUUGCUCCGAAACAACAGCAGAUGCCUCUACCAAGCUUCAACAAGUCAUCCUGAUUGCCAUGGUAACCUUCUUCUUGCUGUCAGUGGUGGUAGGGGCCUGUCUCUUCCUGGUCCUGAGAUACAGAGGCCUGGUUAAACACUGGUUUCACUCUCCACCAAGCAUCCCAUCACAAAUAGAAGAGUACUUAAAGGAUCCGGCUCAGCCCAUCUUAGACGCCUUGGACAAGGACAACUCGCCAAAGGAUGAUGCCUGGGACUCUGUGUCCAUCGUGUCGUUUCCAGAGAAUGAGCAAGACAUUCUCCAAAGCACUUUGAACCAAAGCUCCGAGCCGAGCCGCCAGCCCAUGGAAGAACCCUGAGCCAGUGAAGCUGCCGACGUGCCUGUCAGGGCUGAUGGAGCCCACGAUUCCUUAUUCCCGUCACAGAAAGACCCAGGGGGCCCGGGGAGAGGUCGUGGGUCCCGUGGGAGCGACAAACUUUUUUUUUUAAUCUAAGAAUUUGCUAAAUCCUACAAGUUUCUAGACCAAUUCUACAUGCCAAAAAAAUUAAGGUUUCUCUCAAACACUAAAAAGGCACGUAAUCAUUUGUUAGCAAAAUGGCUUGGCAUUUUGAUAUUUUGUACGUUGCUGGUUGGGCCAGGCGGUCAGGAAACGGGGUCCUCUUCCUGGCUUGGGCCCCUCAAGCAAGUCAGUAACCUGUCCCAGCCUCUCCCAACAACAGACACUGAGUGGUCCUUCACACCCAGUCUCCUGGCUUAAAAUGUGAUUAAUCCUGUAAAUAGUUUCCUAGUAAUUUAAGGGUUUUUUUUUUUCUGGCAAGCAGGAAAUAAAAGACCAUAUAGUUAACUUUUUAAAAGUCUGUGUGAAGUUUUUCCUCUUCACCUUCUUUAUUUUGGUCUAGUUUCUGCAAAGUUUCAACUUUUAAAAAUGACUGUAUGUAAAUUUUUGUUUUCCUAAAUAACAGUAGAGGCCUCACGGUCAUGCAAGCAAGAACUUCCGACCUGUGUCACUUGAUUCCUUGGAAAGUUAGGAAGGGGAUUUUCAGAAGCCGCAUCAGCACUGCCUUUGUACGUGACGUGUCCCAUGUGCUGAGCAAGGCAUGGAGAGAGAAUUAGCUCAUGGACAAAAGUGAUACCCACUGGGCCUGCAAGUCUUCUGACAAUGCAAGUAUUGAUGGGCUAUUUUGUUCAGAGGAUAUGGGUUAAAAAUCCAUUUAUACAGGGACGUCCCUGGUGGUCCAGCAGUUAAGACUCUGCACUCCCAAUACAGUGGGCCCGGGUUCCAUCCCCGGUGCGAGAACUAGAUCCCGCAUGCCACAAUUAAAGAUCCCACAGACGGCAGUGAAGAUCCCAC